GGCCGUCCCUCCCGCCCCAGCCAGCCUGUGGCCGCCGGAGCCCCGGGGCGUGGAGCGCGGGGAGCCCCGCGGCCCCCGAUCCAGCGUCCGGGGCAGCCCCCGGCAGUCGGCGCGACGGUCCAAAAUCGAACCUCGGUGGCGGCGCUGGGAAGCGGAACUCUGCCGGGGCCGCGCCGGCUACAUUGUUUCCUCCCCCGACUCCCUCCCGCCCCCCUUCCCCCGCCUUUCUUCCCUCCCCGACCCGGGCCGCGCGGCCAUCCCCCUGCCUCUGUCUGGCCGUCCCUCCUCCCCCUUGUUCGCACCCAUACCUCUUUGUACCAAACCCCCUGGGGACCCUUGCGCCCCUCCCCCCUGGCUGCAUGGACUGUCCCGCAGGCCGCUGAUGCUGCCCGCAGCGAGGUGGCCCGGACCGCAGUGCCCCGAGAGAGCUCUCAUGGUACCAAGUGACACGGCGGCCUUCCUGUGACACGGGGACGCCAGAUCUUCUGAGAAGAUGUCGGCAAUACAGGCCGCCUGGCCAUCCGGUACAGAAUGUAUUGCCAAGUACAACUUCCACGGCACUGCAGAGCAAGACCUUCCCUUCUGCAAAGGAGAUGUGCUCACCAUUGUGGCUGUCACCAAGGACCCCAACUGGUACAAAGCCAAGAACAAGGUGGGCCGUGAGGGCAUCAUCCCGGCCAACUACGUCCAGAAGCGGGAGGGCGUGAAGGCGGGCACCAAACUCAGCCUCAUGCCCUGGUUCCACGGCAAGAUCACACGGGAGCAGGCAGAGCGGCUCCUGUGCCCUCCGGAGACAGGCCUGUUCCUGGUGCGGGAGAGCACCAACUACCCUGGGGACUACACGCUGUGUGUGAGCUGCGACGGCAAGGUGGAGCACUACCGCAUCAUGUACCACGCCAGCAAGCUCAGCAUCGACGAGGAGGUGUACUUCGAGAACCUCAUGCAGCUGGUGGAGCACUACACCUCAGAUGCAGAUGGACUCUGUACUCGCCUCAUCAAGCCAAAGGUCAUGGAGGGCACAGUGGCGGCCCAGGAUGAGUUCUUCCGCAGUGAGUGCCACCCCCACCCCGAGUCCUCACUUGCUUCCCCGCCUCCUCCCUCCCAGGCUUCCUGGCACUCCCCCUACCCCGGAGGCUCUGGAGGCCUCCAGGGACAUGUUAUAAUCCAGUCUGCCUCUGUCACCCCUGCUGUGAACCCUGCUCUGGUCUCAACACCCCUCACGCGACGCCCCCCCCCCCCACCAGGCGGCUGGGCACUGAACAUGAAGGACCUGAAGCUGCUGCAGACCAUUGGGAAGGGGGAGUUUGGAGAUGUGAUGCUGGGUGAUUACCGAGGGAACAAAGUCGCUGUCAAGUGCAUUAAGAAUGACGCCACUGCCCAGGCCUUCCUGGCUGAAGCCUCGGUUAUGACGCAACUUCGGCAUAGCAACCUGGUACAGCUUCUGGGUGUGAUCGUGGAGGAGAAAGGCGGGCUCUACAUCGUCACUGAGUACAUGGCCAAGGGGAGCCUGGUGGACUAUCUGCGGUCGCGGGGUCGGUCGGUGCUAAGCGGAGACUGUCUCCUCAAGUUCUCACUAGACGUCUGCGAGGCCAUGGAGUACCUGGAGGGCAACAACUUCGUGCACCGGGACCUGGCUGCCCGCAACGUGCUGGUGUCUGAGGACAACGUGGCGAAGGUCAGCGACUUCGGCCUCACCAAGGAGGCCUCAAGCACCCAGGACACAGGCAAGCUGCCAGUCAAGUGGACGGCCCCGGAGGCCCUGAGAGAGAAGAAGUUCUCCACCAAGUCUGACGUGUGGAGUUUCGGAAUCCUUCUCUGGGAAAUCUACUCCUUCGGGCGAGUGCCUUAUCCAAGAAUCCCCCUGAAGGACGUCGUCCCUCGGGUGGAGAAGGGCUACAAGAUGGACGCCCCCGACGGCUGCCCGCCUGCAGUAUACGAAGUCAUGAAGAACUGCUGGCACCUGGACGCCGCCGCGCGGCCCUCCUUCCUGCAGCUCCGUGAGCAGCUCGAGCACAUCAAAACCCACGAGCUGCACCUGUGACCGCCGGCCUCCGCCCAGGUCUUGGGCCUGUGGGGACUGAACCUGGAUAGAUUGUGGACCUGGAGCCCCCACUCGCUGGGCCCAAACCUGAACUGAGCCCGGCGGGCUGGUGGGCCUCUUUCCUCUGUCCCAGCCUGUGCCCCCUCUGGCCCCCCAGGGACCCCGCCUAGGCCUGGCACCUUCUCUCAUGGACCCACCUGUGGGGCUUCGGGAGCCCCACCAAAAGGCCAAGAAGGGAGGGUGCUGAGGAGCGGGCGGCACAUGCCCCCUACCACGGUCAGGCUUCCCUGGCCUCCCAUCUCGCGCCUUCUUAGAGUUUUAUUCCUUUCCUUUUUUCAGAUUUUUUUCCGUGUGUUUAUUUUUUAUUAUUUUUCAAGAUAAGAAGAAAGAAAGUACCCAGCAAAUGGGCAUUUUACAAGAAGUACGAAUCUUAUUUUUCCUGUCCUGCCCACAAGCGUUGGGGAGACCAGGCCCCUCUCUAGGGACCCAUCGCCCCAGCCCUGUUCCCCAUUCCGUGUUCCGUGUCCCGUGUCGCCUCGGUCGCCCCGUGUCUGCGCUUGACCGUGUUGCACUGUUUGCAUGCGCCCGCGGCAGCCGCCUGUCAGGGCUCGGAGUUCACGUGCCGCUGCCGCCCGCCCACCCGCCUUGUGAGAUGGAAUUGUAAUAAACCACUCCAUGAGGACACCGCU